AUGAUGAUUGGAGCGAUUUCCGCAAUCAUCAUCCUCUUCAUUUACUCAAUUGUCGUCAAAUGUUGCACAAGAAGAACUCGCGAACAAUUAUCCUCGUUUGCCCAAGAUCGACCAGCAAAUCGAAAUGGAGAUAAUCAAUAUUUGUUGGGUCAAGAUUCGAAAAGAGUUCGUCGUUUUCCAUCGAACAGUGAUGAGGAUAUUUAG